AAAUUGUAACACAAUAAUCUUGUGCCGUGCCAGUGUUUAGGAAGUUAGCCAACUAGCUCCUUUCCUACGGUGAGAGCUUAGAGCUCGUUUACAACACUGAUAAACAAUAUAGAAAAAAAUGCACCGACAGGCCGGUCUAAAUAGUUUACGUUUAUUUUGUAGCCACUAAGCGCCUAAGCCGAUGUUAAACAGGGCAGCUGUUCUUAUUGUGCCAUGAUUCUAGCUAGCAUGCUAGCUAGCUGACUUACCUCACUUGCUAAACUUGAAAGACAGCUUUACAAGGCUAUUUAGUAUUGUCCCAGACAACAAUAAUCCCCUCUCAUAUUACUUAUGUAUAUAUUAUAACCCAGUGUUAUCAGCUAGUUAUGGUUUUGUGUGAAUUUAGUGUCCAGCAUCAAGACGCUAAGUACAUGGUCACUGGUCCUUCAUCGGAGUUUUAAUAGAAAACGCUGGUAGAUGGUGAAGAUGGUCAGUUUCAGGAGUAAAGUAUGGUGUGGGGUGGAGAAGGGUUGUCGCCACUUGCCAAUCGUGCUCAAUACAACGCUGGUGUUCUCCAUCACGGCUGAAGUGAGCUAUCUGGUGUUGAUGGAAGCCCCAUUGGAGCCAGCACAGAAGGACACUGAGUGGUCUGCUCACUGGAAAACCAUUCACCUGCUUGCCCAGUACUUCAUGCUGGGAAGUAUAACAUGGAAUGCCUCUCUGUUCCUUAAAACCAACCCAAGCAUCCGUGGCGUAUUUCUUAAUGGGUAUAACGUGGGGCAGGGAUGGAGGUACUGUUACACCUGUGAGACACACACUCCUCCACGGUGCUCGCAUUGUUAUGACUGCAACGUGUGUGUCCUGCGUCGGGAUCACCACUGCGUCUUCUUCGGCCAGUGUGUGGGCUUCCGCAAUUACCGCUACUUCCUGAGCUGCCUGCUGUUCAUGUGGGCUGGUCUGCUGUAUGCUGUGGUGAUGAAUGCUGAGGUCUUCAUCGUUAUCUUGAAGGAAGGCGUAACUUUGCACAGCGUCAUGCUGCUUAUGGUGCCAUGGAUUAUGCUCGUCACUGGUCAGGUGACAGUGCAAGCUUUCACCUUUGCCUUCAUUGCUGACACCUGCGUGGUGGGCUUCCUGCUGGUCUCCGCCUUCCUAUUUUUCCAUGUGGGGUUGAUGGUGAGAGGCCAGACAACGAGGGAAUGGUAUUCGACCCGGCGGCCGUACGAUCUCGGGGUGAUCGCCAACAUCCGUGAGUGCUUGGGUGAACACUGGUAUAUCUGUUGGCUCUGUCCUCUCAUCCCCUCCACCCUGCCUGGUGACGGCAUCAACUUCAGAGUCACUGGUUCUCUCGAGCCCAUGAAGUGAAGGCUCAUAUUAAUCUGGCUGUAAAUCUCCAGAGAUGCUGAUGUUUGUAAUUUUCUAAAAAUGGAUGCAAUUGCUUUGCUCUUCAGUAAUGGAGACCAAAACGCAACAUAAUUCUAGCAAAACACGUUGUGGAGACAGAGUGAUAAGCAGUCCAAUUGGUUGUGCACAGAUAUCUAUUGUAAUAUGAAGUCAGAGCUUUAGGUAAUGUGAAGCCAGGCAUGGAUUUAAUUCAAGAUUAGUGACUGAAUAAAUAUUGAGUGAAUAUUCUACCAGCUAUCAUUAAACAAUUACCAGCUAUUUUUGCAUCUUGUGUACCAGCAAGAAAUCUUCAUUUUAUUUUUCACAAGUUUUUUUGCCAAAAUAACUGUAUAUAGAAAGGGUUUAUGGUUCGUUGUUUUUAGAUUGUCCUGUGAUGUGAAUGUUGCAUUUAAUGCAUUUAUAUGCUACUGUGGUGACAGGAGUUUGUCUUGGAUGCACUAUAUUUUUAUUUACACUAUUGAAAUUUCUUUUUAGAUUUUUUUAACCAGUCAUUGAUGUGCCAAAUAACAUGUUGAAAUCUGUAUGCCAAGGUAUUACUGUUACACUUCCGAGUUAAUAAACAGUAUAUACACACCAUUCACCGUUUAAGGAUUAUGUUAGAGUUUACACAGAGAAACAAUAAAACAAAUAUCACUCAACUGUGACAAGCUCGGAGUAUGAUGUGUGCAGGUUUAUACUUCCAUGUGAAUUGCAUGCGAUAAUUUGUUUCAUGCUGCAAAAUUUCGAUUCUCCCUCUUACUUGAAUAAUAAUGCAUGCAUGUAGCAUUCAUUCCAUCAACUCCAUCUGCAUUUGUUUCAUGCAAAUUGAGUUUCUAUAGAUCCACAAUCAACAUUACCAUAAUAUCCAGGAAGAAAUAGACCUCCUGCAGUCUUAAUAAAACCUUUUAAAGACCAUCAUUCAUUUUGCACAAUUAAUUUUUUAUGUCCAUCUCUCAAACCUGCUGAAUCAAUAUUUCUCUAUUAAAUUUAUUCAUAGACUUCUCAACUAAUGGCAUGCUGGCCAGAGGCCCUUUCAAAGAGACUUAAAUAAAAAGAAAUAUGAGUG